AUGCUUACGGGGAGGCUUUUAGGUGUGUGUCAGUUUGGUCAGGGCUGCCGGUAUUCGCACUUGACGCCAGAAUUGGAGUCUAAAUUGAAAUAUCAAAUUGCUCAGCAAAAGCAGUUGUCAGUUACGGAUCCCGUGCAGGCCGCUCGAGAGUUGGAAGAACAUGUGAGACAGAAGCUAGCUGGCAGGCAAGGCUCCGAGGUGACCCUGAAUAACCUUUCCGUAGAUCAAGUUCCCCCUUCCAUAAGACAUUGUCUAUCACCAUCCCGGCGAGCUGAGGUUUAA